UAAGACUAAGUAAGAUAGGAAAUGGGUGGAUACAAAGAAGUUGUCCUUUUAAGAAAUCCAUCACGAGGAGUUGGAAAGUCUGAACCAGAGACUUUCGUGUGCUUAUCCAAAGACGACGAGAGGAGUCCCAAGAAGUCUAGCGGUAUCAAUCAAAUCUCUUCUUACUAGAGGAGAUUCCUUGGAACCAUCAAGAGGAAGCAUUAUGGCUGGGGAACUUAUUUCGUUUGGUAUACAAAACCUGUGGAACCUACUGAGUCAAGAAUGCGAGCUAUUUCAGGGAGUCGAAGAUCAAGUAACUGAACUAAAAAGGGAUCUAAACUUGUUAAGCUCUUUUCUGAAAGAUGCAGAUGCAAAGAAACAUACAAGUGCGGUGGUGAAAAACUGUGUUGAAGAGAUCAAGGAAAUUAUCUAUGAUGGAGAGGAUACAAUCGAAACAUUUGUUCUUGAGCAAAACCUGGGAAAAACAAGUGGUAUCAAGAAGAGUAUCAGAAGACUUGCUUGCAUUAUUCCAGAUCGAAGGAGAUAUGCAUUAGGUAUCGGAGGCUUAAGUAAUAGGAUCUCCAAGGUGAUCCGAGAUAUGCAGAGUUUUGGAGUGCAACAAGCUAUCGUUGAUGGUGGGUAUAAGCAACCUCAAGGUGAUAAACAAAGGGAGAUGCGACCAAGAUUUUCUAAGGACGACGAUAGCGAUUUUGUGGGGUUGGAAGCAAAUGUUAAGAAAUUGGUUGGAUAUUUGGUGGACGAAGCAAACGUUCAAGUGGUUUCCAUAACCGGGAUGGGUGGUCUAGGUAAAACCACACUUGCUAAACAGGUUUUUAACCAUGAGGAUGUUAAACAUCAGUUUGAUGGGCUCUCAUGGGUGUGUGUUUCACAAGAUUUUACCCGAAUGAAUGUAUGGCAAAAGAUCUUGAGGGACCUCAAACCCAAAGAGGAAGAAAAGAAAAUCAUGGAGAUGACACAAGAUACACUCCAAGGUGAACUAAUUCGAUUGUUGGAAACGUCUAAGUCAUUAAUUGUCCUCGAUGACAUAUGGGAAAAAGAAGAUUGGGAACUAAUCAAGCCAAUAUUUCCACCGACCAAAGGUUGGAAAGUGUUGCUUACUUCUCGAAACGAGAGUGUCGCCAUGCGUAGAAAUACAUCAUAUAUCAACUUUAAACCAGAAUGCCUAACCACUGAAGACAGUUGGACACUUUUUCAGAGGAUAGCCCUUCCUAUGAAAGAUGCAGCUGAAUUUAAGAUUGAUGAGGAAAAGGAAGAGUUGGGUAAGCUAAUGAUCAAACACUGUGGAGGGUUACCAUUGGCCAUCAGAGUGUUAGGAGGUAUGUUAGCUGAAAAAUACACAUCGCAUGAUUGGAGAAGAUUAUCUGAGAAUAUUGGAUCUCAUCUCGUGGGAGGAAGAACUAACUUUAAUGACGACAACAACAAUACAUGUAACUAUGUAUUGUCUCUAAGCUUUGAAGAAUUGCCAAGUUAUUUGAAGCAUUGUUUCCUCUACUUGGCCCAUUUUCCAGAUGAUUAUGAGAUAAACGUAAAGAAUUUGUCAUAUUACUGGGCUGCAGAAGGAAUAUUCCAACCUAGGCAUUACGAUGGAGAAAUCAUUCGAGAUGUUGGAGAUGUCUACAUAGAGGAGCUGGUGAGGAGGAAUAUGGUCAUUUCCGAAAGAGAUGUAAAGACUUCGAGAUUUGAAACUUGUCAUUUGCAUGACAUGAUGAGAGAAGUUUGUUUGUUAAAAGCCAAAGAAGAGAACUUCCUACAGAUUACCAGUAGCCGCACUUCAACUGGAAACUCUCUGUCUAUUGUCACAUCUCGCAGGCUUGUCUACCAAUAUCCUAUUACAUUAGAUGUUGAGAAAGAUAUAAACGAUCCAAAACUUCGAUCUCUCGUGGUUGUUGCCAAUACUUAUAUGUUUUGGGGAGGUUGGAGUUGGAUGCUGUUAGGUUCAAGCUUUAUAAGGUUAGAACUACUGAGGGUAUUAGAUAUCCAUAGAGCCAAGUUGAAAGGAGGGAAGUUAGCUUCUUCCAUUGGACAGCUCAUCCACUUAAGAUACUUGAACUUAAAGCAUGCUGAGGUAACUCAUAUACCUUAUUCACUAGGAAAUCUGAAGUUGUUGAUCUAUCUGAAUUUAGUCAUUUUAGUCUCCGGAUCUACAUUGGUGCCCAAUGUCUUGAAGGAGAUGCAACAACUGAGAUACCUUGCGUUACCAAAAGAUAUGGGGAGGAAGACAAAACUAGAAUUGAGUAAUCUAGUAAAAUUGGAGACUUUGAAAAAUUUCUCAACAAAGAAUUGCAGCUUGGAGGAUCUUCGUGGUAUGGUCAGGCUGAGAACGCUCACCAUCGAAUUACGUAAGGAGACGAGUCUAGAAACUCUAGCUGCAUCUAUAGGCGGAUUGAAAUACCUCGAAAGCCUUACAAUAACUGAUCUUGGUUCUGAGAUGAGGACGAAGGAAGCGGGAAUCGUAUUUGAUUUCGUUUAUCUCAAAACGCUAACGUUGAAACUGUAUAUGCCUAGGCUUUCUAAAGAACAACACUUCCCUUCUCACCUUACAACCUUAUAUCUACAACAUUGUCGGUUGGAAGAGGAUCCCAUGCCGAUUCUAGAGAAGUUGCAUCAGUUGAAAGAGCUUGAAUUAAGGCGUAAAUCUUUCAGUGGAAAGGAAAUGGUUUGCUCGAGCGGUGGGUUUCCUCAAUUGCAGAAGCUUUCAAUAAAAGGACUAGAGGAAUGGGAAGAUUGGAAAGUAGAAGAAAGCUCCAUGCCAGUUCUUCAUACUCUCGAUAUUCGGGAUUGUCGAAAAUUAAAGCAGCUUCCUGAUGAACACCUUCCUUCUCACCUUACAUCCAUAUCUCUAUUUUUUUGUUGUUUGGAGGAGGAUCCAAUGCCGACUCUAGAGAGAUUGGUUCACUUGAAAGAGCUUCAAUUAUUGUUUAGAUCUUUCAGUGGGAGGAUAAUGGUUUGCGCUGGCAGUGGGUUUCCUCAACUGCACAAGCUAAAAUUAUCUGAACUAGAUGGGUUGGAAGAGUGGAUAGUAGAGGAUGGCUCCAUGCCACAGCUUCAUACUCUGGAAAUUCGUCGGUGUCCAAAGUUAAAGAAGCUUCCUAAUGGGUUUCCACAAUUGCAGAAUCUUGAGUUAAAUGAGCUAGAGGAAUGGGAAGAGUGGAUAGUAGAGGAUGGCUCCAUGCCACUUCUUCAUACUCUAAGAAUUUGGAAUUGUCCAAAGUUAAAGCAGCUGCCUGAUGGGUUGCGAUUUAUCUAUUCAUUAAAGAAUUUGACUGUACCAAAGAGAUGGAAGAAGAGAUUGUCGAAAGGAGGAGAAGAUUAUUACAAAGUCCAACACAUUCCUUCUGUUGAAUUCUACUAGGAAUGCUCUCAGCAAUCACAGACUAUGUAUAUAUAUGUACACAUAAAGAGCUGCAUUGAUGGUGUUCGAUGAAUUGUCUAACUGUGACUAUCCUUGACGAGAUAUGUAAUCAUAAGCCUCUGUUUCCACCCAAAAUCAGGUCGGAAGAUAGUUGCAGGUAGGAAGCUAAUCAAACAAGACACCUUAUUUUUCACGACGAGAUGUUGAACCCCUGAAGAAUGUUGGACACCAUUUUGAUGGAUAAAACAUUUUCAUAGGAGAAAUGAUACUUUAUGGGAGUGUUGCGGCGAAGCUACUGAACCUUUUUGAAAGCGGUGUUGCCUAUCUUUAAGAGCGUCGGAGGUGAUAUAACUGGGAGACUCUUGAUGAGAUGUUGGCCUAUCUGGAAUACUUCCCAGUUGGGAGACCAACGGAGAUGAAUACCGUCAACAAUUCACCAACGACCCAUCUCAAGAGCUUGGACACGAGGGAGAAGGUUGGUGCCUGGUUCAAACAGUGGUGCAUCCAAAACGCAGGCCGUGUAGCAUUUUGUUUCGGGUUCUACAUGGCCAUGGCGAAGAAGGGUGACCAGUUGGAAGGUGCAUACACCCUAAAUACUAUAAAGGUUUAUAGAAGUGAUUGAUUUAUUCCAUUCAACGAUUUACAAUAUAUAUACACAAGAGAGACUUGCUGAGCACACUUAUAAUCAAUGUGAGUAUAUACAAUAUUAC